GUAGUACAUGAGAAUACUGUCAACAGUGUGUUAGGCGUUAGGUUAGGCUUGAAUAAAUUGUUACUGCGUUUCAAAAUUCAGUCGUGAUUAUUACACUUCAAUCCCCGGUAUUAUACAGUCCCUCGUUCGUUAUCAAAUUCACGCGUUAAGAUGCUGCGAACCGGUCUAAGAUCCGUGCGCAGUGCACUCGGCAGCAGGGCAUUUGCGAAUGCCCCGGCUCAGGAGCAAGCUAUUUCUACCGCUUUUAAAGUUCAGGAUCCAAAAGAUUUUAAUGAUCGCGUGAAAAACUCUAAAGUACCUGUGAUCAUCGACUUUUUCGCAACAUGGUGCAAUCCUUGCCGAAUGCUGACUCCUCGCAUAGAGUCAGUGAUUGCAGAAAAACAGGGAAAAGUUUUACUGGCUAAGGUUGACAUAGAUGAAAACAGUGACCUGGCUUUGGACUACGAGGUUGGAUCUGUACCAGUACUCAUUGCAAUGAAAGAUGGAAAGGUCUUGGACAGAAUCGUCGGUCUUCAAGAUGUAGAUAAACUUAAACAGUUUGUAGAUAAGUAUACAGAAUAAUGUAGUCAAUGUAUUUUAAGAUUGUUAUUUAUCCCGUAGCUAAUGGGGUAACUGUAUAACAUUGUGUAUAAAUGUAUAACAAAACAUAGUAUUUAUAUCUAUAUAUCCCAGAUAUAAAUAUUUAGAGAGGGAAGAUUAAAUUGUUUUAUAAUAAACAGAUAAAUUUAAUUAUUCAAAUAUAUACAAAGGUUUAAUAUAAAUACUCUUUAUGAACAUACAUGAACGUCAAAACAUUGAUAGAUAAUGUAUAAAAAAGAAAAGUUCAAUUUGAAUAAAAGACAUCUAGUAGUUGGCUAAGUAUCAAUAGGCAAA